AUGACGGAAAUGUACUCGGGGUUACAUGUGGAUCAACGGUUCUCUUCCCUGGAGGAAUUCAAAUCGGUGAUCCGGAGCAUCUCUGUUCGGCAGCAUUGGGAGCUCCGCGUGAUACGAAGCAAUAAGAAGAGUGUAGUCAUUGGCUGUCGAUCAGGGGCCAAUUGUUCCUUUCGGGUGGUGUGCCGCUCAAACAAGAACGCGACCUACAUCACUAGUCUGCAGGACAGUCAUAGCUGCCGAACGAGUGGAAGCUCCACGACACGGACACCAGUACGCUCCGAAGCCUCACAUGUACGGUUUUUGCUCAGUGAGAUCCCUAAGCUUUUUGAUAUGAAGGCCAGGAUCAAGAGUCAGGAUGUCGUGGAUGCUGUGAAGCGCUAUCAUGGAUAUGACAUCUCCGCGAGACAGGCACAGCGUGCAUUGAUCAGACUACAAUCACACGAUGGUACCAAUCAGAACGACACAUCUAUGAGUCUUGAUAUGAGUGCGGGUGAAUUGCACUCGCCUACGCAGUCCCAGUCCGAGUCACAAGGUGAUACAGGGCCUGCGUUCCGGGAUAUGUCGGAAACUCCCUGGAUAUCGGACCCUCUUCAGCCCACUCUAAUGGAGGAUGAUACGGUAAAUGCUAGCGAGCCCUCAGAUAACCUUGCAGCACCAGUGUCACCUCAAUCUAUACGAGCACCUCAGAUGCCACCGCCCAUUGGAAACCCAGGUCAGUCUGCUAUCGGCAAUGGCCCAACUCCUAUGACCGUAUCACAACCUGGAAUCGGAUAUACGACUGCUGCUGCUCUGCCAAUAGCAGGCCCUUCGCACUUCAAACCUCAAGACUAUCAGCCACGCAAUGAACACUCUGGGAUGCCUCAGAUGGUCAUUUCGGACUUCAAGAUAGAGUUCACCUGCACAACUUGUGGAGCUCUGAAUCAAAGCUUUUUUCCAAACCAGGGCAACGUUUCCGGUGGCUCCUAUAUGACCCAUCAUGGUGUUACAAACCCGGGCGCCGUUACUCGACAUGGCGACCCUUCUCAGCAUGGCCCAGAUGGCAAUCCCGGCGCUGUUGCUGAGGAUGAUGGCUACAACGUCAACGCGCUCAACGCCCGCGUCAUGCAGAACCCGUGGGCAACAGGUGAUUUAGGGGUCCCGAUUGGUUCAACGAAUACAUAG